GAUGCCGGGUGGCGUCAGGCUCGAGUAGAGUAGAGUAGAGUAUAGAGAGAGGGAGGGAAGGCGGGGGCAGCACAGCGCAGCGCCAGCGCGGGCUGGACUUUGCGAAGACUAACCACCGGUGGUCGUCUUCAUCCUCUGUCCCUCCCUCCCUUCCUCGAUCCAAUUCAGAUUCAGCCCUCUCCCUCUCUCUUCUUCAUCCGUUCACUCAUACUUGAGAGAAAGAAAGAAAAAAAAAAUUAGUCGGAUCGAUCUGCUGCUGCUAAGAGGAAGACCAAGACCAAGUGCUUAAUUAUUAAUUGAGAGAGAGAGAGAGAGAGAGAGAGAGAGAGAGAGAGAUGAGACGGGGAAGCAGCGGUCAGGCUGCGGAUUCCUUCUACCAGGUCCGCCCAGACUGCAGCCACAACGUCCCCAACACCAAGUUCAAGAUCAAGGCCGGGAAAACAUUGAGCGUGCGGAAAUGGCAUGCUGCGUUUACGCGUGAAGGCUGUCUGGACAUCGCUUCUGUUCUAAGCCGCAUACAGAGAGGGGGUGUGCACCCCGCGAUCAGGGGAGAGGUUUGGGAGUUUUUACUUGGCUGCUUUGACCCUGGGAGCACCUUCGAUGAGCGGGAGCAGAUUAGGCACAGAAGAAGGUUACAAUAUGCUAGAUGGAAGGAAGAAUGCAAAGAGAUGGAUUCUCAUGUUGGAAAUGGCAAAAUUAUCACCGCCCCGAUUAUAACGGAAGACGGUUUCCCUAUUAAGGAUCCUUUGGUAUUACUCGAGGCUACUUCAGACACGCAAGGUACUUCAACCAGCAGCAGGAAUGGAAUUGAGGUGGGUGACUCCACAGACCGUGUGAUGGAUAAACAAAUCAUUGACUGGAAGCUUACGUUGCAUCAAAUCGGCCUUGAUGUACUACGCACUGACCGCGCCAUGAUGUUUUAUGAGAACAAAGAAAAUCUUUCAAAGUUAUGGGAUAUUCUAGCUGUCUAUGCAUGGAUCGACAAAGAAGUCGGUUAUUGUCAAGGAAUGAGUGAUUUAUGCUCACCCAUGAUAGUGCUACUCAAUGAUGAAGCAGACGCAUUUUGGUGCUUUGAGAGGUUGAUGCGUAGACUGAGAGGGAAUUUCAGAUGCACACAGCAGUCCGUUGGGGUAGAAAACCAGCUUCAGCACCUUGCUUCUAUCAUUCAGGUGCUCGACCCAAAUUUACAUGACCACCUAGAAACACUUGGCGGAGGUGACUAUCUCUUUGCAUUUCGCAUGUUCAUGGUAUUGUUUCGGCGCGAAUUAUCAUUUGGGGACUCCUUGUACCUUUGGGAGAUGAUGUGGGCUCUGGAAUAUGAUCCUGACAUCUUCUCCACUUAUGAAAAAACUCAGUCUGCAACCCACAAAAUCGAAGGAUUUAAACCAAAAGUAAAAUCAAUACGCCAGUUUGGCAAGUACGAGAGAGAGAAUAUGAAGAAUGGGGCAAAUGAUGUUGAUGGACCUGUCCCUAUUUCGGUUUUCUUGGUUGCUAGUGUUCUGAAAGAGAACAGUCCAAAGCUUCUGCUAGAAGCUCGAGGGAUUGAUGACGUUAUUAGGAUAUUGAACAAUGUUAACGGGAACUUGGAUGCGAAAAAGGCUUGCGCUGUUGCACUGAAGCUUCACAGGAAAUACCUUAAAAAGUUGCAGGGAAAGAAAACCUAACAUCAUAUGGUGAGAUGAGAUACCAAGAUGUAUAGGGGACUUUGCAGUUUGCACGGCGUUGUUAAAGACAUGUCUAAUAUAUUUGCAAUAUUUGGCUCGCGAUGUGACCUCUGGAGAUUGCUGACUGGUGGUCUUUUGAUACCAGUGGAGAUUUCAGAGUAGGGGCCUGAAUUGUUGUAAUGUAAAUUUUAACCCCAUGUGUUCCUUCCAUAUAUGGAUUGUAGGUACAAACAGAAUAAGGCAGUGUGGUGGUGCGCCUUGUUAUUGUUCACUAUGCUAUUUAUUUCAACAAUACAAGUUGAAGCGAAGAGAAACGCAACCUGUAUGUACCUCUGAACAUAGGAAGAUUGAAUAUUUCUGUUCAUUCUUAUUCUCUA